AUGGUGACGGUGACGGUGACGACGGAGGCUCAGCGCCGCCGGGACAUGGUUCCUGGGGGUGGUAAUGGCAUCUUCUGGGCAUCUCGGCCCCAUCCAGGUGAGGGCCCCAUCCAGGUGAGGCCGGUACCCGUAACCGCCCCCGUGCCCCGGCAGAGGGACGGCAAGAAGGAUUAUUACCAACGCGUCUGCAUCGACUCCGAGACCCUGGAGGUGGGCGACUGCGUGUCCGUGAGCCCCGACGACCCCACCAAGCCCCUCUACCUGGCCAGGGUGACGGCCAUGUGGGAGGACAGCAGUGGCCAGAUGUUCCACGCCCACUGGUUCUGCCCGGGCUCGGACACCGUCCUGGGGGCCACCUCGGACCCUCUGGAGCUGUUCCUGGUGGACGAGUGCGAGGACAUGCAGCUGUCCUACAUCCACGGCAAGGUCAACGUCAUCUACAAGGCGCCCUCGGACAACUGGGCCAUGGAGGGCGGGCUGGACACGGAGAUCAAGAUGGUGGAGGACGACGGGAGGACCUACUUCUACCAGAUGUGGUACGACCAGGAGUACGCGCGCUUCGAGAGCCCGCCCGGCGCGCAGCCCACCGAGGACAACAAGUACAAGUUCUGCAUGAGCUGCGCGCGCCUGGACGAGGUGAGGCACAAGGAGAUCCCCAAGGUGGCCGAGCCGCUGGAGGAGGCCGACGGGAAGAUGUUCUACGCCGUGGCCACCAAGAACGGCGUCCAGUACCGGGUCGGCGACGGCGUCUACCUGCUGCCGGACGCCUUCUCCUUCAGCGUGAAGCCGGCCAGCCCGGCCAAGAGGCCCAAGAAGGAGGCGGUGGACGAGGAGCUGCACCCCGAGCACUACCGGAAAUACUCGGAGUACAUCAAGGGCAGCAACCUGGACGCGCCCGACCCGUUCCGCGUGGGCCGCAUCAAGAGCAUCUUCUGCAGCCUGCGCGGCAACGGCAAACCCAACGAGGCCGACAUCAAGCUCGGCAUCUACAAGUUCUACAGGCCGGAGAACACGCACAAGUCCACCAAGGCCAGCUACCACGCCGACAUCAACCUCCUCUACUGGAGCGACGAGGAGACCACCGUGGAGUUCCGGGCGGUGCAGGGCCGCUGCUCCGUGGUCUACGGCGAGGACCUGACCGAGAGCAUCCAGGACUACUCGGCCGGUGGCCUGGACCGCUUCUACUUCCUGGAGGCCUACAACGCCAAAACCAAAAGUUUUGAGGAUCCUCCCAACCACGCCCGGAGCGCCGGGAACAAAGGGAAGGGGAAGGGGAAAGGGAAAGGGAAGGGCAAAGGGAAGGCGGCGGGCGCGGAGCAGAGCGAGCAGGAGCCGGCCCAGCUGCAGGUGCCCAAGCUGAGGACGCUGGACGUGUUCUCCGGCUGUGGGGGCCUCUCCGAGGGCUUCCACCAGGCAGGGGUCUCGGAGACGCUCUGGGCCGUGGAGAUGUGGGAGCCGGCGGCGCAGGCGUUCCGGCUCAACAACCCCGGCACCACCGUGUUCACCGAGGACUGCAACGUGCUCCUCAAGCUGGUCAUGGCGGGCGAGAAGACCAACUCGCUGGGCCAGAAGCUGCCCCAGAAGGGCGACGUGGAGAUGCUCUGUGGUGGCCCCCCGUGCCAGGGCUUCAGCGGCAUGAACCGCUUCAACUCCCGCACCUACUCCAAGUUCAAGAACUCCCUGGUGGUCUCCUUCCUCAGUUACUGCGAUUAUUACCGGCCGCGCUUCUUCCUGCUGGAGAACGUCCGGAAUUUCGUGUCCUUCAAGAGGUCCAUGGUGCUGAAGCUGACCCUGCGCUGCCUGGUGCGCAUGGGCUACCAGUGCACCUUCGGGGUGCUCCAGGCGGGGCAGUACGGCGUGGCGCAGACGCGGCGCCGUGCCAUCGUGCUGGCGGCGGCGCCGGGCGAGCAGCUGCCCAUGUUCCCCGAGCCCCUGCACGUCUUCGCCCCCCGCGCCUGCCAGCUCAGCGUCGUGGUGGACGACAAGAAGUUCGUCAGCAACAUCACCCGGACGUACUCGGGCCCGUUCCGCACCAUCACGGUGCGGGACACGAUGUCGGACCUGCCGGAGAUCCGGAACGGCGCCGCGGCGCUGGAGAUCUCCUACAACGGCGAGCCCCAGUCGUGGUUCCAGCGCCAGAUCCGCGGCUCCCAGUACCAGCCCAUCCUCAGGGAUCACAUCUGCAAGGACAUGAGCGCGCUGGUGGCGGCGCGGAUGCGGCACAUCCCGCUGGCGCCCGGCUCCGACUGGCGGGACCUGCCCAACAUCGAGGUGCGGCUCUCCGACGGCACCACCACCCGCAAGCUGCGCUACACCCACCACGAGCGCAAGAACGGCCGCAGCAGCUCCGGCGCCCUGCGCGGCGUCUGCUCCUGCGCCGAAGGGAAGCCGUGCGACCCGGCCGACCGGCAGUUCAACACCCUCAUCCCGUGGUGCCUCCCGCACACCGGCAACCGGCACAACCACUGGGCCGGGCUCUACGGGCGCCUGGAGUGGGACGGCUUCUUCAGCACCACCGUCACCAACCCCGAGCCCAUGGGCAAGCAGGGCCGCGUCCUGCACCCCGAGCAGCACCGCGUGGUCAGCGUGCGGGAGUGCGCUCGCUCCCAGGGCUUCCCCGACACCUUCCGCCUCUUCGGGAACAUCCUGGACAAGCACAGACAGGUGGGCAAUGCGGUGCCACCUCCCCUGGCCAAGGCCAUCGGGCUGGAGAUCAAGGCCUGCGCAGUGGCCAAAGCGCGCCAGGACACGGCCGGUCUCGCCGCUGUCCCGGAGCCGUCGGGCGCGGCCGCCUGAGCCCGUUCGGAGCCGGGGGGAUCGGGGGGUCUCGGGGGGUCUCGGCUCCCGGGGCUGCUGCGGCCUCGCCGUUGCUUUCAGUUGCCUUUUGGGUCUUUUUUCCCCUUUUUUGGUUUUUUUUCCCCCUUUUUUGUUUUUUUUUCCCCUUUU